AUGACCAUGAAAGCUCCAUCGGCGGGAGCGACUUCUUCCAACCGUGCUGGACCAUCGAAGCGAGACGGCGCUGCAGCAAGAAGCAAGAAGCCGGUUGUUCCAACACAGCAGGAUGACAGCGAUUCGGAGGAUGCGAUGGGUCAUCCAGAUCAGAUAGCAUUGGAGGAGAGUGACGAUGAUGACGAGCCCGACACUGAAGACGAGAUCGAGGCAGCCAAAGGCGCAGGCUCCAAGAGCAAAAAGACGGCCAAACGCAAGCGCAGAGCCACUUCUCCGACAUCUUUCGGAAGUGCGCUCGAGGGCUUGCUUGGCGUUGCACCAUCAGCAUCAGCAGACAAUGCGUUGGAAGCGGUAGACGAGGAAGCGGAUGCAGAGAGUGAUGACGAGGCGAGCCAGAAGAAGUCCAAGAAGUCACGGGCAGGUCCAUCAACAACCAAAGCAGAAACACAAGUGCCCGCCAUCCUGUCGCUUGCACCUCAUCUUCGUCGAUCCGCACAGUCGACGACACUCAGCGCACGAGCUGCGCGCAUCGCUCUCGAACAGAAGCGUCGACGCGAAGAGCGAAGCCACGUCAAGGACGUCAUCGGCGGCUGGGGUCCGCCUGGUGUGCUCCCCGCAUUGGAAGACGAGGACGGCAACGUGAUCGAAGUGUUUGGCAACGCUCAAGACGACGCCGAACGAUUGCAGGAAUUCGCCAGUCAAGGAGGCACGCAGAGCUACGAGCGCAAGCUGCGCAAAGUGGCGCAACGAGGUGUGGUCAAGCUCUUCAACGCCAUUCGAGCAGCCCAGACGACCACCGAGGACGACCUGGAAGAGGUCGAAGCAAAGAAGAGCGCUGCCUCUGUCGCUGCUUCUGCUGCCAGCAAGAAGAGCAGCACCAGUAGCGCCACGGCACCGGCCAAGAAAGCCGGUCUUGCGAGCAAAGACUCGCGACUGGCGGAUCUGAGCAAGUCGAACUUUUUGGAUCUCAUCAAGAAGAGUUCCAAGUCCAAGAGCAAUGGUGUUGCUGCCAAAUAA